CCACCCCUGCGCCUUCGGGGGCGCCCCAUCGCGGGAGGGUGGUCCGCUUCGCCCCUGUCGCCUAAGGCAGAGAGGUGGCGGGAACCUCCACCUCUUUCCCGUUUCCGCCGCGGGCAGCGCGCCGGCCAGUGCCACCGGGAGGCGCGGUCGUCCCUCCGCCCGCGCGCCGGGGGGCGGCCCUAUCGCCUGCGCCUUUUUCCCCCGCGCACACCGCGGCGGCGCGCGGCCACUCGCCAACCGCAGAGAGCGCGGUGGCUGCAGCGCCCUGCGCUCGGAAGAUGGUCCCCGCGACCGGACAGCUCGCUCUGCUAGCGCUGGGUAUCCUGUUAACUGUGUGCCAGGCUCUGGAAAACAGCACGUCCCCCCUGAGUGACUCACCUGUGGCGGCUGCAGUGGUGUCUCACUUCAACAAGUGCCCAGAUUCCCACACUCAGUACUGCUUUCAUGGAACCUGCAGGUUUUUGGUGCAGGAAGAGAAGCCAGCAUGUGUCUGCCACUCUGGGUACGUGGGUGUUCGCUGUGAGCAUGCAGACCUCUUGGCGGUGGUGGCUGCCAGCCAGAAGAAGCAGGCCAUCACCGCCCUGGUGGUGGUCUCCAUUGUGGCCCUGGCUGUCCUCAUUAUCACCUGUGUGCUGAUCCACUGCUGUCAGCUCCGCAAACACUGUGAGUGGUGCCGUGCCCUCGUCUGCAGACAUGAGAAGCCCAGCGCCCUCCUGAAGGGAAGGACUGCUUGCUGCCACUCUGAGACAGUGGUCUGAAGAUUCCAGAGGAGGAAUUUGGCCAGGCGGCCUAUGACAGCCCAGCCAAGGAAAGGCAUCUGGAGACAAGACCAUCGGCAGUGCCCAGGCCUCCGGGACAUGCUGGGAGAUCUUCCCCCUCAGUGCACAACGGCCUGGGCAGCCUUCUGUCUUUGAGAGUCUUCAAAACUGUGUGAUAAAGCUGCCUGCUGGGCUCUCUCAGUGCACCCUAGAGAAGAGGCCAGUAGACCACAUAAAGACAAGUUGAACAAGAACCUCAAAGGGCUGGCCUUCUUGCUAACCCACACCAAGAGUGAGCUUGGGUUGGUGUCUCCUGCCAGCCAUGGAUUCCAGACUCUUUCUUCUCCAUGGGCCAUCUACCCCCCACAGAGACUCCACAGUUGGUGUACAAAGUGCACAAGGGGAAACUCUAUUAUUCUUUGAAGACACUACGUCUCCCACGAGCCCUGACAACUCCUCAAGCUGUUGUCAGGAUGUGUGUCUUAUUAUUAUUUAUUAGGUGGAUAAUGUGGUUUUAUUUGUAAUCUCUUUAUGUCAACGUUGGGCAUCCAUGUUAGUGAUACACGAGUGGCUGACCCUGAAGUUACACCAAAUAGAAAUGUCCAGCCACUUUGAUAAAGUAAGGCUGCAGGGAGGGAAGCCUCCAGGGGCCGUAGAGACAAAAUUCAAACAUCCAUUCUGCUGGGAACCAAACUGCUAUCCGGAGGUUGUGCCCACUAAGACAGGGAAGUCCCUGGAUACAUGCUGUAGCAAAGUUAGCAAGGCCAGUGGCAGAGAGAGUCCCCCUCGUGGGGACAAGAGGACAAGAGAGCCAGUGUGGGCACCUAGGGAGGACGCACAUUCCAACACUUGAUUAAGUGGAUUAACAUCCUGGGGAGCCCAGCUCCUGCAUCAGCAGUGAGCUGUGGGCCAAGUCCAUGAAGGGGACCAGCCCUUUACUGGUUUUUGCUUAUUUUUAGAAGGAAACAUUUACCUUUCCUAUUUAUUUUCAAGCCUUAAGAGAAAUAGCCCACCGUUUUGUUUUGUUUUGUUUCCCCUUUCAGAAUGUUGGCAUUAUUAACAAAAUUUGCUACCAAGCCUCUCCACCCCCACUCUUGGGAAGGCGACCUGUUCCCUGAGCACCCGAGGGUGCUCUGACCCAUUGAGCCCACCCUCGUUCCUGGGCUGCUCCGAACUGUCAGAGGACAGAGUGACAGUAAAUCCAUUCAGCUGCUUAUUGAGGAGGCCAUUCUCCAACUGAGGAGUGAAAAGUCCGCCCCCUCCCCCCUCAGGAGCCUCUAACAUAAGGCACCAGGAAAGGGGUAUUUGACACCUUUUCAGUUGGUCUGAAACUUCUAUCAGAAAGUUCUGCCUGUUCCUCACUCUUCUCCAUUCCACCUUUAUGAACUUUUCUCUUCUCAUGUAAUCUAGGCAUUGAUCUGCCCCAGGUCUUAACCCUGGCACCCUUUGUUCACAAGGUUUGAAGCUCCAAACAAAGAAACUGGGUCUGUUCAAUGCUGACCUCUAACUACUUAGCUGACAUGGCUCCAGGCAGAAGUCAUCAUUUUUGUUAUUGUUAUUAUUAUUUUGGUUUGAUGUUUUAUCUUGUUUUGUGAGACAAGGUCCUGCUGUGUAGCCCAGGUUGGCCUUGAAGUUAAGAUCCCCCUGCCUCACCAUCCUAAGAGCUGGGCUUACAGGUGUGCACCACCACACCCAGCAGAGUCUUUUUGAUUAUUAAGGAAAAUAGGUUAAGUUUGCUUUCCUUGGGUCAUACAAGUGGGUCAAGGCCAAGGGUAGCCUGCUGCUCAGACACCAAUCAACCUCACUGGACUUUAGCCCUCUAUUGGUCCCCAAUGCUCUCAGUAGACCCCGCCUAAAGUACUGGCCCACAGAGGUCAACACAGUGGAGGUACAGGCUUGUUUUAAUUUAGUCCACACUGUUAGCUUCCAAUGACAGGUCUUUCCUGGUCUGUUAGAGGCUCCUGGAUGUCUGACUUCUUUUAAAGAGUUUGAACUGAUAUCUAAGUAUCAAUGGGAACUUCUCCACUAAUGUCCCAUCCUGAAGAUGUUACCAUGCAAGGCUCAGCAGAGGUGGGAAAAGUUAGCUCGAGCACACUGGCCCUCUCUUGGUAUCAGUACAGCUACUGAAUCUACUUUUCAGCAGGCACACAGGUCAGUGGGCAGUACAGCUGAUCCAGUGACUCAGGGAACUGUGAACGUUCCCAAUAAAUGAACUGAAAUUAAGUCUAGAGACAUUGAGACAGCUCAGAGAGAAAUGGCACUUACCAACAACACUGAGAACCUGAGUUCAACCCCCAGGGACCCAUCUGGUGGAAGGAGAGAGCCAACUUGCCCAGGAUGUCUUCUGACUUCUACAUACACACAGUACAAACGCAGGGGCAUGCUUGUAUACACGCACAUACACAAAAUCUAGUUUUUAAAAAUAAAAAUGAAUUCUAGAAAGGCUUCCACACUUCUAGCUGUAACUUUAAACACACCGUGGGACACAUACAAUGGGACCCAGUCUGGAAGAUAGAUUCCAGAUAGACAUACACAGAACCACACCAUGAGUCAGUUUGUCAUGUGCCCCAGGAAAAGGUGGGAACAAUAGUCCCAACAUCCCUUUUCUCCUCCAAAAAAUGGGGGUGUGGGGGAAGAAGGCAUAGUUGGUACCCACCCACCCACACUGGUGAGGAAAGUGACUGUGUCCCUGAGUCUUAGAUGAUGGUGUUGUUCCUGCAAGUCCCCAGGCCAGGUUUCCUAGUACCUGUCAGCCACUGGAUGGACUAGCAACACUCUGACACUGCCUACAGGCCCCAGUCCUAGGGUGAGUAAUAACCUUGUCUCUCACCCAAGGCCAAGGGGAGGCCACACUAGACAACAUAUUUUUCACACAGGGUUUCACUUUAUAGCCCAGGCCAGCCUUCAACCCAUGAUUCCCCUGCCUCGGCCUACUGGGUUACAGGUGUGUGUUGCCAUACCAGGCUUACGUUUAUUUUUUAAUGUUCUGGCGUAAGAUGUAUUCCCUGAAGCCAUUGAUCUAUCUCAGAGACACAGUGUUAUAUGCACACAUGUGCACAUGUACACACAACACAGAGAACUGGAAAGCAGCUCCUCUCCACAGUGGAAUAAGUUUAUUAUAAAAAACUCGAUGCUGUUUUUAGAACUCAUCUUUCUGACUUCUGUAUAUGAUGCACUGAAGGUUAAUAUGUAAUGUUUUAAUUUAUUUUAUGUGGUAAGUUAAUUUUGGUUUUCUGUAAUGUAUUAAUGUGAUUAGAAGCUUUUUUUCCUUAAUAUCUGAAUUAUACUUAAAGAGUAGUGAGAAAUAUAAGAUACUGUUGUGUUUUUCAGCAUGUGUAUUGUUACUCAGUUGUAUUGUACCUUGUUUGGAAGGAUGAAGGAAUGAACUCUUUUUUUUCCUAAAUAUCAAGACUGAAGUUUUUCUUU